ACCCAGACGGUGAGACCCGCCCCAUCCUGCGCCGGAGUCUCUCCGGGAGACGAAGCGGAAGUCUCCGCGUACCUCCAGAAGGCUGGCGCGGAGCGCGCGGCAUCAUGGCCGCCGACAGUGACGACGGUGUGCCUUCGGUUCCUGCGACCUCUGACGGUGAUGUCAACAAAAACACAAAAUCUGCAGAGGAGUUUGUGGUGCGGGUUCCUGUGGUGGAUGUACAGAGUGACAACUUCAAGGAGAUAUGGCCGUCGCUCUUGCUGGCCUUAAAGACGGCCAGCUUUGUGGCUGUGGACACGGAGCUGAGUGGGCUUGGGGACAGGAAGAGUUUGCUGAAUCAGUGCAUCGAGGAACGUUACAAGGCCGUUUGUCAUGCUGCCAGGACCCGUUCUGUUCUGUCCCUGGGCCUCGCCUGCUUCAAGCAGCAGCCAGAUAAGGGUGAAAAUUCUUACUUGACCCAAGUAUUCAAUCUCACCUUACUGUGCAUGGAGGAGUAUGUCAUAGAACCAAAGUCUGUGCAGUUCCUGGUACAGCACGGCUUCAAUUUCAACCGGCAGUAUGCUCAGGGUAUCCCCUACCAUAAGGGCAAUGACAAGGGAGACGAAAGCCAGAGCCAGUCAGUACGGACCCUGUUCCUCGAACUGAUUCGGGCCCGUCGGCCCCUGGUGCUACAUAAUGGCCUUAUAGACUUGGUGUUCCUGUACCAGAACUUCUACGCACACUUGCCCGAGAACUUGGGAACCUUCACUGCUGACCUGUGUGAGAUGUUCCCAGCAGGCAUUUAUGACACCAAAUAUGCUGCAGAGUUUCAUGCCCGCUUUGUAGCUUCCUACUUAGAAUAUGCUUUCCGGAAAUGUGAGCGGGAAAAUGGGAAGCGGCGGGCAGCUGGCAGCCCACACCUUGCCCUGGAGUUCUGCAGCUAUCCAUCUAGCCUGAGAGGCCAUAUUGACUACCGCUGUUGUAUGUCCCCUGUAACCUCCCGUCGUUCUCACACCACCGGCAUCUGCACCAAGUUCUCGGCCUAUGGCUGGUGCCCUCUAGGACCUCAGUGUCCUCAGUCACAUGACAUUGACCUUAUCAUUGACACUGAUGAGGCUGUGGCAGAGGACAAACGGCGACGGCGGCGACGUAAGGACAGACGGAAAAGGGCUUUGCUGAGCCAGCCAGGGACAGAGACCUUUGAGGAAGCUGAAGAUGGUCCUCCCACAAAGCAGGUCUGUGAAGAUAGCCUCAAGACAGAGAUUGAGCAAAAAGUGACAGAGGGUGAAACUAGGGAUCAAGCUGAAGAUGGUCCUCCCACAAAGCAGGUCUGUGAAGAUAGCCUCAAGACAGAAAUCGAGCAAAAAGUGACAGAGGGUGAAACUAGGGAUCAAGCUGAAGAUGGUCCUCCCACAAAGCAGGUCUGUGAAGAUAGCCUCAAGACAGAAAUCGAGCAAAAAGUGACAGAGGGUGAAACUAGGGAUCAGCUUGGCUCCAAGCAAGAUCACAAAAGUGACUUAGAGGUGGAGCAUAAGGCAACAAGUUCUGAAAUAGCUGAUGUGGCUGCCUCAGAACUGCCAGUGAGUCAAGCCAGUCCUAAUCCUGUGCCUGGGGAUGGACUGCAUCGGGCUGGUUUUGACGCCUUUAUGACAGGCUAUGUGAUGGCCUAUGUGGGACUGAGGCACGGACUUCACCUCUGCAGUUCUGGACCUUGGCUUCCUGAAUGUCACAAUAAGGUAUAUCUAAGCGGCAAAACUGUACCUCUCACAGUGGCUAAGAGCCAAUUUUCUCGUUCUUCCAAAGCCCACAACCAGAAAAUGAAGCUGGCUUGGGGCAGCAGCUGACCCAAACAUCUGCCUGGCAAUAGGGCAGCAGCUGAUCCAAACAUCUGCCUGGCAAUAGACCUAGGGAGAGAAGCUAAGAGUAGGAAAGAGAUGUUUGGCACUGUGUAGUGGCUCGUGUCUGCAUCCCAGUACCCUGAAGGCUGAGGCAGGAAGACUGCUACAGUUCAUGGCCUGCUCAAAUCAGCCAGAGUUGUAUGGCAAAACCCUAUUUCAUAAAAGGAGAAAGUUAUUUGAGUUGUUAGCGUGUGUAUGUUGCGUUUAAGUACUACAGAGUUGUUGUGCAGGUCUUGGCAGAGACAAUGAGUGCUUCACUCUUUUGUACUGAGGCCUGACCCAGGGGUACAAAAUAAGACUAACUAGCACCUGGAACAUCAGCUUUAUUUUUUAAUCUGAAAGUGUCUUGGGAAAAGUUUUACAAAAAAAAGAAAAUCAACAGAAAUGAAUUAUGAAAAUAUUUAACCAA